AUGUCUUCAAGCUUUGAUGGCAAACAAGCUACGAGCGAUGAUGUUCACAAACCAUUCUCAUCCACCUCGGCCGCUGGUAAUUCAUCAGCUCAACAUAAUGGAUAUAAUCAUUCUCGCAGUACAGGAGCUGCGCAUUCCGAAGGCCCUUUGAUUAACGUUCAACCACCAAGAAGAGAGGAUCUUCAACCUUCCUAUGCCCAAGUUUUACAAGGCGAUGAUGAUACAAGUACCAACGGAUGGUAUGGAAGCAUGACUAAUGCUCUCGGUUCAUGUAUUGGUGCUUGCGGUGCUGUUCCUUGUUGUAUUCUCUGCCCCAAUCCAUAUAAGGAAGUGUCCCAGGGUAAUGUUGGUCUGGUUACCAAAUUUGGUCGCUUCUAUCGUGCAGUCGAUCCUGGUUUGGUCAAGAUUAACCCGCUCAGCGAACGUCUGAUCCAAGUCGAUGUUAAGAUUCAGAUUGUUGAGGUUCCUCAACAAGUCUGCAUGACCAAAGACAACGUUACCUUACAUUUAACCUCUGUCAUCUAUUACCAUAUUACUUCUCCUCACAAGGCUGCAUUCGGAAUUUCAAAUGUGCGACAAGCUUUGAUUGAACGUACACAAACUACUCUUCGCCAUGUUGUUGGUGCUCGUGUUUUACAAGAUGUCAUCGAGCGUCGGGAAGAAGUUGCGCAAUCCAUCGAAGAAAUUAUUGAGGAUGUUGCAUCAGGAUGGGGUGUCCAGGUUGAGAGCAUGCUCAUUAAGGAUAUGAUCUUCAGCAAUGAACUUCAAGACUCUCUUUCCAUGGCCGCACAAUCUAAGCGUAUUGGAGAAUCCAAGGUCAUUGCUGCUCGUGCUGAGGUUGAAUCCGCUAAGCUCAUGCGUCAAGCCGCCGAUAUCUUAUCCAGUGCUCCAGCCAUGCAAAUCAGAUAUCUCGAGGCAAUGCAAGCCAUGGCCAAAUCCGCCAAUAGCAAGGUUAUCUUCCUACCGAGUGCAUCAACUAUCGGAAGUCAAAUGGCAAAUGCUUUAGGAGAAGGCUCAGGAGAUCAUGCAGGUGCUUCAACCAGCAGAAAUGAUACUGGUGACUUUGGAGGUCAGGAUUCCGGUUUACAAAGGGCUAUCAAUGCCCACGUCGUUGAACAUAUCUAA